CCUAUUACUUAAUUCCUUAGAAUUUAUUCUCUGCUAACAAACCACAGGGUGACGCAUCCACAAUGGCAGCCGCAUCCUCGCCCCCGAAUACAGCUAACGAGAAGUCCACCAAGGAGGUGGACAUCUACCGCGAUACCUUCAUCCGUUACAUGGGCUACAGCAAUGAGAUUGGAGAGGCCUUCAGACCCCUGGUGCCCAAGUCGAUUGUGGCCGCCUCCUACGGCAUGGCCAUUGGCUACGUGUGCACAGACACCUUCGAUAAGUCGCUGCGCCUGCAGAUGGCCGGCGCCUCCAAUCGCGAUGUCGGCAUUUUGGCCGGCGAUGUGUUCAGCUGGCAGAUGAUGGCCUCUGUGAUCAUUCCGGGCCUGGUCAUCAAUCGAAUCACUUGGGCCAGCAGACUGAUGCUGAGCAAGGCGCCAGGGGCCAUUGCGAAGACGGUGCCCACGCUGAUAGGACUGGCCAGCAUUCCCCUGAUCAUCCAUCCCAUUGAUAGUCUCGUGGAUCGCCUAAUGGAUGAAACUUACCGCAAAAAAGUGCGGUAGUGAAUGCCUUGCGCUCCGCACUCCUACUCCCUGUCCCGGUGAUAGUCUGUAGCUCUUAAGCAUUGCCAAAUGACAAAUGAUACAUGAUACAUGCCAGUCUGCUCUGCAUCGUAGAUGCCAGCCAGGGCCUUGACCCAAAUGCAAUUUGAAUCAAUUCGUAACACGUAA